CGUUACGCCACGGUCAGUUUUGUUAACAUGGCGGCGAUGUGGUGAGGUCCGGAGCUAGGCCGAGACAGAAGGAGAGAUGGUGGCAGAGAGCAGACGGUGCGGCCUCUGAGAGGACAGACAGGCACUGGCAGUGUUUCCAGCUCUCUUGGGGGACAGGGAGUAGGAGAAGCUGGGAUCGGGGCCUGAGCUGAAGUCACGGAGCAAUGGAGAGGCCGAAGGUGCAGCAACUGCUGGAGUUCAAAAGGUUACCGACAGAUGGCUUCAUCCUUGCCCUUCUUGUGCUCUAUACUCCUUUUGGCAUCUGCUUAAUGUUUCUCAGGAUAUUUAUUGGGCUUCAUGUGUUUUUAGUCAGCAGUGUUCUUCCAGAUGGCCUUUUGAGAAGGGUUAUCGUGCGGGCAAUGUGCACGAUUCUGGGUGUAAUUGUUUUACAACGUGGCUCAAGGCACCGAAAUAAAAAUAUCAAAAUUUACAUUUCCAACCACAUCACUCAGUUUGACCACAACAUAUUGAACUUCCUCACAGCCUGUUACACGCCCUUGCUAGAGGGACAUUCUGGCUUUGUGAGCUGGGCCCGUGGAUACCUGGAGCUGGGUUGGUUGGACAACCGGACCCGCUUGGCUGAGGCACUCAGACAUUACAGCUCUCUGGACGGAGCACGUGGUUUGCUGCUGUUUCCAGAAGAUGAAACUACGAAUGGAAAGGUUGGACUUCUGAAAUUCAGCUCCUGGCCUUUUACUAUAGAUAGUACUGUUCAACCCCUGGUGUUAACUGUAAAAAGACCCUUCGUAUCUGUGAAUGUCGUCGAGUCCUCUUGGGUUACCGAGCUGCUGUGGAUGUUUUUUAUUCCCUUCACCGUAUACCAAGUAAGGUGGCUGCCCAGCAUGUCCCAAAUGGAUGAAGAAUCAGUGGAAGAUUUUGCAGUCAGAGUUCAGGAGCAUUUAGCUACAGAGCUUGGUGUAGUGUCGACUCAGCAUACCAAGUCUGAUAAAGUGGAAUACCUCAAAAGAAUGAAACACACGGCACCACAAGCGGCCAGCUCAGCAUCCAACAGUCAACCAUCUGGAGCACGAGCUCGGACCUUCCUCCCAGGGCUCAGCAUUAGCAGUUUGUCUGCAGAGGAUGUUCGGAUCACGGGAAUGGCCAAGCAAGUCAAAGAAGUGCUGCCUCACAUCCCACUCAGUGUCAUUAAAAUGGAUUUAGUUAAUACGAAGUGUGUUGACACAACCAUCACGAAUCUGCUGGAGGGAAGGGUACAGUUCACGCCAGAAGAAGUGUCAGUCAGUCCUUCCAGCAUAUCAUUAUCAAAUAAGCCUCAACUGGCGUCUUGUAAAUUAGUUACCUCUCUAAAGAAGGCACCAAAGGACGCAUCUACUGCCAAGCCUGUCGCUAAAACGAGAUUUGAGAAAUCACCAGUUGACAGACACCUAUCCCUACAGGAAAGGAAAGAAGCUCUAUAUGCCUACGCAAGGAGACAGUACAUAGAGAAGCACGGAUUGCAGCUCGACACUGAAGAGAGCCAGGCAGAAGAGCCUUGAGUUCAGCUGCGGGGAACUCAGCAUUCAAGAUGUCACCCUUCGUUUCCUGUUCAUAGCUCUGUGUAAAUGGCACCUGAACAAUUUUUUUUCUUUUUUUUGGUUUAUUUUGUUUGAAAAAAUUUCUCCAGCAAUAUGGGUCUGAUUUUUAAGAUGUUUCAUGGGUAAACUUUACAACUAAAAUAAUCGAGGGGAGGGAGGAUGGAGAGUGCAGAGUGGUCUGCAUGGCAAUCAUGCAUGUUCAUCUGUUGGAUAUUUCGAAUAUUCUGAAAAGAGAUUGUGUCCCUUUUUUGGAGUCUUUAUAAAGAUCUUACAACUGA